AUGUCUCUAAAGGAAGCCAGAGUCACGAAGAUGUCGGCAGAUAACUUACAUUCAUUAUGUCCUACAGCCGGGUCAGCGGUGGCCAUGAUUGGCGCUAACCUGCGCUUCGGGUCGGCUGGCGCUACGAACUCCUCUAUGGUCAACAACACCCGACACUGUCCGCCAGGUGGCGCUGCUAGCGCGGCUGCUCUCCUCGCGCUGUCUGGACUUGGCAUAUCGGCAAAUAUAGCGCUCAUGGCCGUUAUACUGAGUAAAAAACAAUUGCGAAGAUGGUCCCAUGGGCUCCUCUUUCACCAAGCGAUCGUGGACUGCGCACGAGCAGCAAUUCUUCUACCCUUAGGUAUCGCCGUGUUCCGUUGCCAGCCGGUCUACAAGUGCUCGCUUGUGGAAACAGCAUUCCUGUUACUGGUAACAGUAUCCACAGUAAAUAUGUUGACGACGGUCCUAAAUGACAGCCCUAUUUUUCCUGAAAACGAAGAGGAACAAGCGGAUUUAUCGGCUCCCUUACUAAUGGACAGUCCGCAGUGCGUCCUUUUCGGAACAUUUAUGAUAUGGUUUGCGUCAAUUACAAUAAAUCUCGGACCCACCUUUUUAUCUGGAGCAUUGGCAGCCAGCGCUGGCUCUUAUAGUUCUUACGGUCCAUCACCGUCCUGUCCCUUAGUUCGAGGACCUUUUAGACAUUACGUCCUCAAUGCUUUGUGGAUCGGAGUUAACGCUGUAUGCGUAGGACUGACACUGUUCCAUUUACGGAAACUCCAUCGGGAUCUUACUAAGGCUAACGUAGAAGCCGUACGAGUAGCUGGUCUAGUAACCACGCUCGUCAGCAUGGCUGGCGACAACAGGCGCAUGGAUUCGCUUCCCAACAGCGUUGGACCAAGGACAGUAGAUGGUGCUCUUGCUGACGGUCAGUGCCGUCCAACUGGGAGUGCUAAUUUACCUCUUGGAGGUGGCCGGAGGCUUAGAGGAUAUCUCGCAAGGGUAGAACGUGAAGGAGUCCGACGGGUGCGAAUGUUCCUAGUUAUCACCGCAGCGUACGUCCUAUUUUGGGGACCACUUUUUAUAAUAACUUUACUACAUCACCCCGCAUUGACAUCGCAUGUAGCUUACGAGCUAUAUUUCCAAAUAACAUUGCACAUAUCAUACGUGCAUGCUGCGGUGAAUCCUCUGCUGUUCCUCGCGCUUCACCGCGCUCUGCGCCGCGCUGCACUUCAACUUUGCUGCGGAUGUUGCGUGCAUUGGAGCCAGUUUGUACUGGCUCUCACUGCAGCCGCACAGUCUCCUCUUGCGCCGUCGUCCUUUUCUCCGGCGGCUGCAUCCCCGGAGCCGCCGCCCGCCCCUCCCCCGCCAAUGGCGCCUCCCGCGCCUCCCCCACACCCCGCUCCAGCGCCACACACGAUGAUGAGCUGGGAGGUUGACGAGUGUGAUGCUGAGAGUAUGUCGAGUGCGCGUGUGCAGGGAGACGAGGAUAUGAUGGAGUCGUGGAGCGGCAGCGUUCGGCGGCCGCGCUCUCCGAGCCCGCUCCUGCCUGCGAUCUGA